UGCCACCCAACCCACUUCAGAAUCCAAAAGCCCCAAUACAAAGCCACGCAGCAUCAGUCAAACUCGGAAUUCUACCCGGGAACUCAAAUCGUUAAUCCCAAUCCCCAACCUUAAACCCCGAAAACCAUGAACCGCAAGAGAAAUAAACCCUACUUCUCUUCCCGCCGCGCCCCCGCCUCCGCCUCCGCAUCCAAACGGCGUCGUCCCCUCCCCCCUCACGCGGAGGACCCCGAAGAAGCCGAGCUGGACAAGCCCACCUUCAAGCCGCCGCCGCCGCCCGCUCUGGUCGUAAUGGGUCUCCCGCCGGACUCCUCCGUCCUCGACCUCAAGUCCCGCUUCGAGAUCUACGGCCCCAUCUCCCGCAUCCGCAUUGAUCGCGACGCCGUCGGCCACGUGGCUUUCCGCACAGCCGACGCUGCCCAAGCCGCCGUGGACGCCGCCCUCGACUCCUCCUUCGGCAUUACCCUCCACUCCAAAAAGUUACAGGUACUGUGGGCAACAGACCCACUGGCACAGUGGCGGAAAGGAGUUGCGGUGGAUGAUGCUAAUAGGGAUUCGAGUAAUGAGACGUCGUCGUCUUCCAAGCUUUUGAGGGCUGGCAUGCCACUGAGAAGUCAUGGCAGAGGUAACAAGCUUGCUUCGGCUAUAGUCAACCCAAGAGGAGCUGCUGAGAGUUCUGAAUCGUCAGUGUUGGAGGUGCCUUCGAGUGCAAGAGAGAUUGUGGCUUAUGAUGACAUUCUGUAACUUUGUGUUGGAGUUUGAAGAAUUGGGUUUGUAACAUUACACUUGGGGUUUUGGGUUUUAGGUAUAAAGAUAGGGACUGAGAGAUGAAAUUUGCUUCUAGUUUUGAUUUUGAGCUUGUUGUGGAUGUACUAUACCUAUUUUACUUCAAAUAAUGCAGUAGUGGUGAUUUGUGAA